AUGAAGGUUUCAAUAAAGCGGGCUUAUAUGCUGAAUUUUAAGAUGUUCCGUUUCGUCUUCUUCGUUCUCUGCUCUUUCUUGUUCUUCUCCAACGCUAAUGCCUUCGGAUUCGGUCUCGGUGGCGGUGGCGGUAGCAGCUGCUGCCCACCACCAGCUCCAUGCUGUCCUCCUCCAGCUCCACCACCAGCACCAUGCUGCCCACCUCCGGCACCAUCCUGCGGAGGAGGAUGUGGAAAGUAAAA